CGCAGCCACCACCCUGCGCUUGGCCGCCUUGAGGAGCUCCUGGCUGAUGUCACCACCCUCCUUCAGUGCCGUCACCGCAAAGAUGUUGGCCAUCAUCAUCCUUUGGUGCCGUCACCGUGAUGGCAGCCAUCAUCGUUGUCCUCUGGUGUCACCAUGAAGAUGUCGGCCAUCGUCAUCACCGUUCUCUGGUGCUGUCACCAUGAUGUCAGCCAUCAUCCUCAUCAUCCUUUGUUGUUAUCGCCAUGAAGAUGUCGGCCAUCAUCAUCAUCCUUUGAUGUUGUCACCACGAAGACGUUGGCCAUCGUCAUCACCAUCUUCUGGUGUCACCACAAAGAUGUUGGCCAUCAUCAUCGUCAUCCAUCCUCUGGUGUCGUCACCACGAAGACGUUGGCCAUCGUCAUCAUCCUCUGGUGUCACCACAAAGAUGUCGGCCAUCAUCGUCCUUCGGUGUUGUCACCGUGAUGUCGGCCAUCAUUGUCACCAUCCUCUGCCGUUGUCACCACGAAGAUGUCGGCCAUCACCACCCUGUGCUGCUGUCACCACGAUGACGAUGGUCGGCCACCACCAUCACCGUUCCCUUCAGCGCUGUCACCGUGUCACUGCUGUCACACAGACGCCAUGGCUGCCGUCCCUCGCUCACACCAAGACGCUGCCUUUGGCCGCCGUCCUUCAGCGGCCAUGUUGUCACCUUCCAGCAGUGGCCGCCACGCACGCCUUGGCUCCGGAUCUUCGGCGUUGGCCACCAUCUUUGUUUGUCCUUCAUCCAUGGCGCCAUGGCGACGUUGGCCGUCGCUGUCCUUGGUGCUGUCACCACAAGGACGUCGGCCAUUGUCCUCCACCUUUGUCACCAUGAGGACGUCGGCCAUUGUCCUCCACCUUUGUCACCAUGACGACAUCGGCCGUUGUCACCAUCCUUGGGCGCUGUCACCUCUGCUGGCCGCCUUGCUGUUGUCACCACGGGCGUUUUGGCCUCAUGCUGUUGUCACCACCAAGAUGCUGCCCAGCGCCCUUCGCUUUUUGUCCCCUUCAGGAGCCGCCGCCGUCCUUUGGC